CUGAGGAACCUCCACACUUUAACUAGAGAAGGAAAGAGAUCAACAUGGAGCAGGGGAAGGGUCUGACUGGCCUCAUCCUGGUGAUCUUUCUUCUUCAAGGUAUUGUGGCCCAGAAAAAACAAGAAAACCAUGUGGUAAAAGUGGAUGACAAACGAGGAGAUGGGUCUGUACUUCUGUUGUGUGACUUGAAAGACAAGACCAUCACGUGGCUUAAAGACGGGAACAGAAUAAGUCCUCCAAAUGCAACUGAAAACAAGUGGAAUCUAGGAAGCAGGACCAAAGACCCUCGCGGCGUGUACUGGUGUCAAGGAGCAAAGGACAAGUCAAAGCCACUCCAAGUGUAUUACAGAAUGUGUGAGAACUGCAUUGAGCUCAGUUUGGGUACCAUAUCGGGUUUUAUCUUCGCUGAAAUCAUCAGCAUCUUCUUCCUUGCUGUCGGUGUAUACUUCAUUGCUGGGCAAGAUGGAGUUCGGCAGUCACGAGCUUCGGACAAGCAGACUCUGUUGCCAAAUGAACAGCUCUACCAGCCCCUCAGGGAUCGGGACGAUGAGCAAUAUAGCCAUCUCCAAGGAAGUCAUCCAAGGAGGAAGUGAGCUCAACAGUACUCGAAGUAUUGCCCUUUCCAUCCCAGGAUCAAAGCAAUGUGUUUUAGAGAGAGCCCAGUAGAGAGAUCUUCAUCCCUACUGUUAAUCUGCAGAAGUGGCAAGCAGAGAGGAAGAACUGUCAGAGAAAUUCUGGGGUUUUCUCAAAAUAAAAUAAAAGCCCAAGCUUGGGGAAGGUGGCGGUGUAACUCAGUAGCAGAGCACUUGUCAAGCUUGCUUGAGGCGCUGUAUUAAAGUCAUGGCACCCUACCCCCAGACCCUCACAAAAAAGCAGUGAAGGGGAAAAAGUACAGCGUGGUGCUUGCAGAGCGCCACCUAUUGGGGAAAAUUGUAAACGACAAAAUUAAAAG